AUGAUAAAAAUUUUUUUUCCUUGAUUAUUUGCAGGAUUUUUCUAUCCGCAGGCUACUAAAAUCGGUGAAGAAAAUUUCCCUUAUGAUAAGAUUGGCAACAGGGAUACAAGCUUUUCAUUGAAGUCAGGGCAUUUAGAUGAAGACCAAAAGCUUCUUAAUGAGAAAACAUUAGAGGCCGAAAAAUCUUUAGAGUCAAGACGUGGAAGAAUUCUACUCGCCACUCCCUGUUCACCUGGAAAUUAUCCUCAAGGCCUGAAUUUAGCUUAACUAGGGUCCUAAGUUGUCUUCUAAAUUUCAGAGUAGAACCAAAUAUUUGGUGAAAACUCUCAGAGCUAAAGGUAACUAGGACCCUAAGCCAAGCUAAGCAUUAAUAAGGAUAUAUGACAAUUCUGGAACUUGCUCACCUUGUGGGACAAUGUGUGCUUAUUGCGACGAUAAUGGAAACUGUUUGGGCUGCCAAAAUAAUUCUACAAUGAUUAUCAGCUCAAAUAAGAAAGACUGUGAAUGUAAAGAUGCUACAGCAACAGCUGGAACUUGCAUUUGUCCACAAGCUAAUCCUUGGUUUGAUGGAUCAACUUGCCAAACUUGCGAAUCAGGCUCUUACUAUGGGAACAGUGGGUGCACUGCUUGCUCCACAUCAGGAAAUAUUAGAGUUAAAUCAAUAAUCAAAUCAAAGAAAGCUCCAAGUUGUUGUCCUGAUGGCAAGUAUUUAGAUAGUUCAACUUCAAAAUGCUCAGCUUUUGAUGCAAAUUGUGAAUUAUGCGAAGAUGGAGCUGCUGGCCAUUGUGAUAAAUGCUCUAGAAAAUGACAUUAG